CGUCACUACAUCCAUUGCUCCAACAACGAUCCAAUUCUGGCUCCAAUUCAUCCUCCAUUAACGGACCUCCAUUUUUGCAGUCCUUCCAUGGCGGUGUCGAUUUCAAGGUGAAGGCUACAACGAGGACCACUCUAUUACAUUCCGGAAUGGUGUGCAAUAAAAGGAGGAGAACUUCGACAAGCACCGGCGCCGGGAUUUCUGAUCUCUUCGACAGUUUGCCGGACGAUCUUGUUGUCGUCGUCCUUGGUAAACUUAGCGCCGCGGCUUCUUCUCCUUCCGAUAUCGUCAACGUUAUGAUAACAUGUAAAAGAUUGAAUCGAUUGGCUCUGCAUCCGUUUGUGUUGAAGAAAGCUGGACCUAAAGUAUUUGAAAUUCAAACCAUAAAUUGGUCCGAAUCAAGUCAUCGAUUUCUCAAAUUGUGCGUUUCUGCCGGCAACGUAGAAGCCUGCUAUACUCUUGGAAUGAUCGAGUUUUAUUGUUUGAAGAACAGAGGUAGUGGAGCUUCGUUAAUGGCGAAGGCAGCGAUUAAAUCUCAUCCGUUGGCGCUUUACUCCCUCGCCAUCGUACAAUUUAACGGAAGCGGUGGCUCAAAGAGCGACAAGAAUCUCCGUGCCGGUGUGGCUUUGUGUGGACGUGCCGCUUAUCUCGGUCAUAUCGACGCGCUUCGUGAACUAGGCCACUGCCUUCAAGACGGUUACGGCGUCGCUCAAAACGCAUCCGAGGGACGUCGUCUUUUAAUCGAAGCCAACGCGCGUGAGCUCGCGUCUAUUACAAACUCCUCCCUCCUCCGUCUUCACUGCUGCGGCGACCGCCCUCCCGCGACGGAUUCCAGCGAAUCGCUUCUCAGUGACUUCGGCUGCAAAUUUCCGGCUCCAGAGACUCAUCCGGCGAAUCAGUUUUUAAGAGAUUGGUUCGCAUCGGGCCGAGGAUUUAUCGCUGAAGGACUGAGACUCUGCUCAAACAGUGGCUGUGGAAGGCCAGAGACACGGCUCCAUGAAUUCCGGCGAUGCUCGGUUUGUGGUAAUGUAAACUAUUGCUCGCGAGGAUGCCAAGCUCUGGACUGGAAACUGCGGCACAAAACGGAAUGUGCGCCGUUCGAUCGGUGGCUGAUUGAGGACGAUGACCUGGAAGGGGACGACGACGGCGACGUAAAUAGAAUAGAGCAGCUUGGAGACGGUGAGGACGUGGAAUCUGAAUAAUAUUUGAUGAUUAAAAGCAAAGCUUAGUUCUGUUGCAGAAUAUCAAGUUAUCCUUUUAAGGUUCUAUUUAUUUUAUUUUUUUACCCUCC